AAACCAACUACUCAGUUUAAUUGUCGCGGUAGAAAUAAAAAAGAAAUUACGUACGUAACCUUGAAUUGCACAACUCUUAGAGCACCUGAAGAAUUGAACAACAUGGGAGAGGGACUACUGCCACGCACUACAGUUGUUUGAGUAUAAAAGUUCCCGACGCAACUUUAGGAAUAUCAGUCGAUUAACAUUGUCCAUCCGCGGAUAAUAGCCCUCAAGGAAACCAUGCUCAAGUUUGUCGUUCUUGUAACAAUGGCUGUCACCAGCCAGGCAGUUUACAUUGGUCACAACGGUUAUAAUGAUUAUGGAUAUGGGUAUGAUGGGCAUGCUCUCACUCACACGGCAAUUGUAGAGCCCGCAGUCACUCAAGUGGCUUAUGGAGUGAAUCCUCAAGUUUAUGGAAGUUAUGAAGCUUAUCCAACUUAUCCAACUCAUCAUGACGGAUAUAACCAGCAUGAUCAUCAUGGUCACCAUGCACCUGCUAAAUACGCCUUUAAUUACGGAGUAAAUGAUCCCCAUACCGGUGAUGUCAAGAGCCAACACGAGGAGCGUGAUGGAGAUGUUGUGAAAGGAUCAUACAGCCUAAACGAGCCUGACGGCACAAUUCGAGUUGUCGAUUACACAGCUGAUCCGCAUAAUGGGUUCAACGCUGUUGUUAAGAAAAUCGGCCACGCUGUUCAUCCAGCUCCCGUUGUGAAACACAUUGUUCCUCAUUAUCCAGCCCAUCGAUAUUUGAGCCACGAUUACGAAUAUUAAAAGUUAUUUCCAGUAACUUUGAUUUUUUUCACAAUUUGUAUAUGAAUGAUGAGCUGUGUAACACUGCCUUUAUGGAAAUAAAAUCAGUUCUUGAAUA